ACCGAGCCAAGUGGAUGAGUUCGCGAACGCGCUCCCGCUAAAAGCCUCUGCUCGCUGUCUGUGCCUGACUGUUGUUGUAGGCGACUUCGGUGUUCCGUUUCCUCUUGCCUCUAUCGUUCGUCGUCAUCGUCGUUCGUCGUCGUGGUCGCCGCUGUCGCUUCACCUCUCGUACUCUCGUAUCUGUCUAGACGCCACGCAUCGUGCUACACGCCCGCCACCGUCACUACUGCCGCCACCACCGCGCCUCCUCCUCUCGGAAUAAUAUAUCCAGUGUGUUUCUUGUGCGGAGCAGCGACGAGGGACGCUCCUCCACCGGAAAAAUUUCGCCUCGUCGCGCCACUUACGACGCCCUCGACUACCGAGGUCAGUUUUAUACGACGCGCGACACCUGAUCACAGCAUCCGGGAAGCGCGAACGAGAGACAGGUGAGCCAGAAGGGGAUAGAGAGGCAAAAAGAGGAAAGAUGGGAGCGAGACAGAGCAGAAGGUCCGUGGAUAUAACGACGACUCCGAAGAAGGAGGGGUUGCCCGCCGAAGGAGGUGUCGGGGAUGCCGCCGCACCUGGCGAUGGCAAGCUGGAAAGGAUCGAGGAGACCGACACGAAGCCCACCACCAAUGGAAUAGCGCCGCACACGGACGUGGCCGAGGAUAAAGACAAGGAUAAGGACGACGCGACGGAAAAGGAGAAGGAUAAGGAGAAGCAAGAAGAGGUAAAGGUCGAGGAAACGAUCUCGGCCGCAGAGUCUCCCACGGAAACGGCGGAGGUGACAACACCGACGGAAGCGAAUCCCGCUAGUCCUAACACUGCCACUUCUCCAGACAACAAGGAAACGAAAAAGAAGGAAAAGAUGAAGAAAAAGUGGUCCUUCAGGUCGAUCAGCUUCAGCAAGAAGGACAAGAACAAGCCUGCCCGCGAAGAAGCGCCCAAGAAUGGAGACGUCACCAAGGAGGAACCUCUCGCAGAGGGUGGCGAAGAAGCGGAAAAUGGAUCACCCACGGCAGGUAGUCCUGUGGAAGAAAAAUCGGCUGUAAGUAGUCCAACAGCGGAGAACGAGGCCGCACCUGUAGCAGCGGCGCCGGCAGCAGCAGCAACAGUAGCAGCAACAGCAACAGCAGCAACAGCAACAGCAGCAGCAGCAGCAACAGCAGCACCGGCGACCGAGUCGAAGGAAGAAAGCGCAGCAUCGGCCGCUAGUAGCCCUACCGAGGAAAAGACAGAGGAACCCACUCCCUCUGCCCCAACUCCCGUCCCUGUCGAGGAAAAGAAAGAGGAGGUCGAAAAAGUCGAGGCCGAGAAAAAAGUAGUCGAGGUCAGUCCAGCCGGUGGUCAGUUCGUACCGGACCCGGUAGAAGUCUCCGUAUUCCGAGUCCAGACAGUCGCUACGCCGUCUAUCAUUGAGAGGAAAACCAGUGAGGAUAUUCCUUCCUUGCCUCCGUCCAGUCCACCACCGACCCCCAUAGAUUCGUCGCCUUUGCAGCAGGCUCAGCAGGCCGCGGCGACCGCGACCGCGCUGGCGGAGGCCCUAAAGCUGCCUGCCGAGGCUGCUGACAAGGAUUUAAUUACACCGUCAGCCUUAUCUUCCCGCUGCCCAGAGCGUAACGACCCGUCAACACCAGCCGCGGAAUCUCUCGAUACGACUCCCCACAGACCGCCUAGUUCUCCCGUUCUCCAACCCCGUACAGGAUCGACUCUUGCCCCCCCGAGUGUAGAGGCUCUGCCGGUGGUAGACACAGACGCGCCUAAUCCUCCAACCCCGACUACCAACAACGUAGAAUCGCUUAGCGCCGGCCACGUCACCGUCACCGAGCUCCACGAUUCCAAGAUUGCCAACACCGAUACGCACGAUCCUCCUAGCCUUCUUCCGACAGAGCGACCAGAAUCGCCAUCUUGCAAAGCCAACGUCGUCGACCAACAACGCGUAAAGGAGAUUCCGCUUCCCGAGAAGAGCAAUCUCGUAGACGAGAUGUCUACCAAAGCCGAUGCAACCCUAAAGUCUCCGACGCCUAAUGCAGCUGUAGAGCAGCUCUCGCAGGUGACCAGAGUUUGCGAUCCGAGUGGCGCCAGAGCGAGCGAGAGCGAAGCGUGCGAGGAUGUCGUAGAGAGUGUGACGAAGGAAAUUAUCGUCGAAUGCGAGAGCAAAAAGAUACCGGGACCCGUAGACGUGAAGGAACGAGUGAAAGAGGAGCUGGUGGAAGAAGUGAUCGAGCCGAACGAGGUUGUACAAGAAGAGAUCGAGCGAGUGGAGGAAGCCGUAGUGGAUCCACCGGUUCCGACGAUCGACGCGAUCGUGGAAUCCGAGGAGGGUCCUAUCCCGGCGUCCGACGAGACGCUGGUAGAGGCAAAGCCAGCCGUUGUGAUUCCGGAGGACGAGGAUAUGCCGGAAACGGUGGAGAACCUGGUCAUCACCGUCGCUGAUACUUCGAGGGUAGAUAGCGAACCGGUGGAAGUAAUGGCGAUGGUGGAAGACAAAUUGGAAACGGAAACCGAGUCCGACGUGGCUAUGCCUACCGAGGAGAUCCUCGUUUGCGAGGUGGCGAAAGAAUCGAAAGAUCCGUUUGUUCCUAACGAGGCGACCUUUGCUCCGAUUCAACCGGUUAACGACCCCAUAAUAGAAAAUAUCGUGGAUAAGUUGAUAGACGUACCAGAGUUGACCAGAAGCGAGGAGGAACCGAUGCCUCCGCCCCUGCCAGAAUCACCCGUGCCUAUCUCUCGGGACAAAUUCGAUCCCGAGAGCGUGAACGUAGCGCUCGAUUCGAACACAGUGCCUUCUCUCGUUGUUGACGUAAAACCUCCGAUCUUAGACGUAGGAAACGCUCAAGAGAUAGACGGAUGCCCCCUCUCACUGCCAGAGCAGCAAAGCACAGCGCCGAACGAAUUCCCGGAUUUCUCUGUACCCCUGGCAGACGACGUAUCGUUGAUAACGUUAGACGUGAGCUCGUUGAAUCUUAUGGACGAGAAAGAGGCGUGUCUGACGAGCGAGACGCAGACGCGUUUCUCCUCGUGCAGACUGGAAGAGGUUCCUAGUCCCACGGACGAUCUUCCCCCGGCCCCAGAGGACACGGUCCAACAGCACACAGAUUCCUUCAAAUAUCCCUUACCACCGGAAGAGCUCUCUUGCCCGCUGAACGCGUCUGAAAUGAACAGUGAGCUUCCAGUUGCCGUUGAGAACGCGCCCAGUUUGAGAAACCCGACAGAGACACUACCGAUUUCGCCCAGAACUCCCAGUCCCGUGUCCAAUGUCAGUAUCACGUCUGGCCUGACAGCGUCCACAAAAGACUCCUCGCAAACACUGUUGUACGACGACCAGAGCAAUCGAGAGUUCAAGAUGGAAUCGGUGUCGAUAAGCCUCAAUUCGUACAAUGAGUCCGACAUUGAAUUAAAGGAGAGGUUAGCAGAGUCUCUGGCGGAGACUGAGAAGCAGGAAGAGAGCUCGGUUUCGUGUCAGUUGUCGAACAACGCCACGUCGUCGACUACUAUCCAGGAGACCCAUCAGAGCACUCCGGAACCCGAGGCACCAGUAGAAAAUAACGUGGCCGCUGACACCACGACAGAGAGUUCAGGCGAAGCUAUCGUCAAGGUUACGACUCCAGCCGUCCCAAGCGAGGUACCCGCCACUCUAGUACCAUCUUCCCCGGCCAUCACCGAGGACGUUGCCUCGGUAGCCAUGGCUAUCGAAGAGAUGGACAUAUGCGAUAAGGCUAUUGCGGCGGCAACCAUCGAGUGUAAUACGAAUGAAAUUAUCGCGGAAGCACGUUACCAAAACAACAUAAACGAAUAAACAUCGCUAACCGAAUUGUAUUUUGGGAAGAAGAAAGUUCUUUUCUCUCGUUAAAACCAAAAAAGUAUAUUAUAUAGAUAUGUAUAUUUGGACCAUUCCUGCAACUAAACAGAAAAUAACGUUCUUUCGUUACGAGCAACAAAAAAGAAUAAAAAUAAAGGGAUAAAAUAAUGGAACGAUGUGACCGCGACAUCGCGAGAGCAUAUAGACUUUAUAGUAGGCCUAUUAAUAAUUAUUAGACGGCAUUUGACGGUAUUUGACGGCAGGGCGAAAGAGAGGGAGGGAGAGAAAGAGAGAGAGAGAGAGAGAGAGAGAGAGAG